UGAGUUCUUUAAUUAGAAUAAGCUACUCUUUGAAGGAUAUUUGUUUACCCAAAAGACAUUAUUUUUUGCGUCAUCUAAGCAAGCUGAUUUCUAGUAUUCAUUCCUAAGUUUUUAAUAUGCCAGAACAAAUCGUCCAUAUCUUUUGACCUAAGAAUUGGCAUUUUAAAGUUCUAGUUGAGAUUACAUAUUAGUAUUGAAAACAUAAUGUUCAACUGGUAAUGUGAUUGUACAGUAAUAUUCGGGGUUUUUUUCACUACACUGUACUUGAAACAGACAUCCGAAUCAUCAACCAUUUUGUUUAAAUUUAUUUGUAUCAAAUAAUAGUAGCUGCUUGUGCACUUUUGUGCUGAUAAUUCUUUUCCCUAUUUCUACAGCCGACAUCCCAGUCACAAUUCUCUGCCCUGGAGUCACUGAGGCCAUCUUUUAGCUCUGUCUUACCACUUGUUUUCCACUUUAAAGCCACCAGUGUGUCUGGUUAACCCAAGCUAAAACAGAGAAUGCUGUGGCUCACCAUAUUUUGAUCUAAAUUACGGAAUUCUAGACUCCAACUUUAUCCAUAAAAGUACAAUACUGAUCUGAAUGAUUCUCUUCCGUCAUGGAUUAGCGCAUCGCAAUUAAUGCUUGGAAAACCAGUGUCUUCAGAAAACCCCAAAGCUAAAGGUUAGGGGUCAGGGGAUCAGAGGAUGCCCGAGCUUUACCCGCGCUCACUCACCGUGUCUGCUGGAAUAACGGGGUCCUCAGAAUCGGCGCCAUCCUCGUCCAACGACACGUCAUCACUCCUCGCAGAUCUCAACCACGAGCAAGCAAUCCUCCAGCUACCAAUCACUGCUUUCCUCACGUUGCUCAUGAGCUUUGGCGUCACUGGAAACGCUUGCGUGAUCUACGUGUACCGUACACGCUUCCGGAAGACUUCUGGGAGCUACUUCAUCAUGAUCCUAGCAAUCCUUGACCUUCUUAACAGUGGAUUAUGUAUCCCCUGGGAGAUCUACGUUCUCAGCAAUUCCUAUCUACAAGACCACCCAGUUCUGUGCAGGGUGGCGCGUUUUGUGGCAACCUUCGUCUACAUCAGUGCCGGACUUAUCCUGGUUUGUGUUGCCUUCAGCAGGUUAGUGGUUUUAUACUUCAAGAUCGUGAAGCCGUUACACUGCUACUCCUCUGGCCAGGCACAGUCUCUGACCGUGGUGGUGGCGGCGAUAGCGCUCUGCCUGGUCUGGCCUCAGCUUGCGCUCAGCGGGACUCGAACCGUGGAAACCAGGAUACCUGGACUCUAUGGACAUGAUUGCUCUAUUUCUGAUCAGAUGCAAAGGUCCAUCUACCCGAUUCUGUUCCACGGCUGCCUGUACGGGGUGUUCACUUUGUGUUUCGCUCUACUCACUGGCUUCUACAUGCGCAUCGUGUGGGUGGUGUGGCGCAGAGGCGGCAACAGGCUGGGGGAGCAGGUGGCCCACAGGGACUACACGCCGCGCUCCUCGGCUAGCAACGCCUCAGACAGGUCAUUUGGCAGUUCCCAGAAUGUCUCCGUGGCGUCAAGAUCCCAAGCUGGUCACCACCAUCGCACCUCUGUUCUAGCUCGCGUUGGCAGAACUACUCGGAUGCUGGGGCUGGUUACUUUCGUCUUCCUACUUGGUUACGUCCCCUUCCUGACAGUCCACGUCAUCUACUUGUUGGGAAUGGGCUUCCAGCGGCCCAUGGACUACUCUCAACAACUCCUCUACCAGCUGUGUCUGCGAUCCUACUUUUUAUCUAGCGCUGCCAACCCGCUUAUAUACAGCAUCCUUAAUGUGCGUUUUCGGAAAGAGAGUAUGGUAGCGCUGAAAAGUGUUAUUCUCAGACUCCCCAAAUGGAUUCGCCGCCGGAUCAAAGGUGAACAUGAAGUCACGUGAUAAGACAACGUUUCAUCUCUCCUUUUAAAAAUGUGCCUUACGUCAUCGAUUAAUGCGCUGACGUCUGUCUCGGGACGAGGGAGAAAAACCACAUAGAGGUGAAGCGAUGUGGAUCCCUGAAUGAUCUUGCUUCGACUGUGAAAACGGGAUGAAUUAUUAAUAGUAGAAGGCGAUUCGUACACACUGAGUUCGUCUCCCCCUUGGAGACGGUUUCAGGUCACAACGAGGGAUAAUAUAGUUGACUGUCCUUGCACUGUAAGAUGGCAUUUCCGUGUGUGAUAUCUCUAGUCAUUCCAAACAGUCCAUUCAUACUAAAAACCAAUGAGUAUGCAACGUUAUCGAAACUGGACUGCGGAUGUCGGUCAUGAAAUGUAUAUUCACAUAUCCCCAUAUUACCCCAUCUAAACGAAACAGGAAGGUGGAUUGUGUUGACAAAAUUGGUGACAUCUGCCAACAAUCCACAAAACAGCAACAGCAACAACAAAAAAUGCAAAACAAAA